CCCCCGGGCGCUCCAGUGUCCUGCGGGCGCGCAUGGAGCAGACGUGCUCGAUCUGCGGCUCCGCCCUGGACCCUUCGCGCUGGCUGCAGGUUGAGGCGCCAUGCGGGCACCGCUUCCACUUCGUAUGCGGCCGCCAGCAGCUGGCGCCGCGCCGGGAAGCGGCAGCGACCACCUUGGAGUGCGCCGCCUGCGUGGCUCUCAUCACCUCGACCGAGGACGGGCUGGCGCUGCUGUCCGCCGAGUGCUCCGGCGAGAUCGACCGCGGCGCGCCCACGGACGUCGAGCUGCAUUACUGCACCGAGCUGAGGCUCGGCCGCGAGGUCCGGCUGCUGAAGCAGGUGCCCGACGUCAUCCUGCGCCUGCAUGGGCUUCGGUGCCUGGACCUCAACGGCCACCCCAUCACGCGGCUACCGCCGGCGAUCGGUUGCCUCAAGUCCGUGACGCGCUUCGUGCUGGUGGGGCUCUACCUCACCGAGCUCCCGGACGAGAUAGGCGACAUGGUCUCCCUGGGCCAGCUCUACUGCACGGGGACCGGCGUCAGGGCGAUACCCGAGCGGACCUCCAGGCUGGAGUACCUCUGGGAGCUGUACUUCGACGGCAACCAGUUGCGGUCGCUUCCCGAGGUCUUGCCACCGCUGGUGGAUAGCUUCAAGGUGUCUGGAAACGAGCUCACGAGCCUGCCCGAGGACAUGUCGGGCCACACGUCGAUGAAGAACAUCCGCGCGUACGGGAAUCGGCUCACGCGGCUGCCAGACUCCCUCUGCGCUAUGGACAAGCUCUGCGACGUGCUGCUGCAGGGCAACGAGCUGCGCGCGCUCCCCGAGCAGCUCGGGCAGUGUGGAUCGAUCCGGACGCUGCUGGUGCACGACAACCACCUCGAGAAGCUUCCGGAGUCUCUCACCCAGCUCACAGACCUGAGGUGGCUGUACCUGUACGGCAACCGCCUCCGGGAUCUGCCGAGGGGGCUGCUGAGGUCGGUCCCGCUGCUGGAGAGGCUGCUGCUCGAGGACAAUCCCCUCAGCGCGGCGACAAUGGAGGACCUGUUCCAGGACGUGCCCAGCAGCCUGCGGACCUUCGGCAUAGACGCCAGCCAGGUCUGCAGCCUCGCCGCCGCGCACGAGGCGGCGGGGCAGCCGGCGCCUCCCUGCCUGCCGGCGUGCGCCACGUCCGGCUGGAUGCUGCCCUGGCCCAGGCUCUACGCCAAGCUCCUGCCCGCCUCGCAGCUCAAGCGGCCCGCAGGCGUCCCUCCGCUGUGCUCGCCGCAGCCCGCCUACGGGGGCGACCUCCUGGUGGUGGCCUUCGCGGCGAGCCAGGGCGAGCCGGAGUGGUUCGGCUGCCUGGGGCAGGUGCUCGGGGCGGGCUCGCGGGCGCAGGACCGGGUGCUGCGCGGCCCAGACCGGUCUUUCGCGGACCUCUACGCAGAGGUCCACGGCGGGCCCGUGGCCUUCGAGGGCCCGCACGCCGCCGGGCGCGCGGGCGGCGCGCUGUGGGCGAGGCCCGCCGCGGGCGCGCAGGCGGCCGGGGAGGCGCGCCCGCCGCUGCGGGACUUCGACGUGCUGUCCCUGUGCGAGACGAACGCCCAGUGGUACGCGGACACGGACCACCUGGCGCUCGGGGUGGAGGCCAAGCUCGGGGAGAUCUGCAGGCGGUACCGGCGGGUGAUGUUCGUCGGGACCUCAAUGGGCGGCUUCGGCGCCCUCUCCAACGCGCACCUGGCGAGCACGGUCGCGGUCUUUGGCCCCCAGACAGACCUGCGCCACUCCCACCUGAGACCUGGCUUCGGGGCGAACGAGCUCGAUGCGGCCACGCGCCGCAUGAGGAAGAACGUGUUGGAGGCCCUCUCCGGCGGCACCCGCAUCGAGUACCACGUCGGGUUGGAGGAGCACCUCGUGUACGCGAGGCAGCUGCCUCUGCCUCGGCACAGCUUGGUGGUGCACCCCGUGCACGGCCGCAUCGCGAGAAACAUGGAGCGGGGUGGCGUCAUGGUGCCGCUGCUGGUGGAGCUGAGCGGGUCGGCCUCUUCGCUCCAGUGCGACGCCGCGGCGGCCGCGCCGCGGCGGGUGCCGGAGGCGGUCGCCUUCGCGGAGGCCGCCGAGAGGCACGCCGAGCGCCACCUCCUCGAGACGGCCACGCUGGACUCGCGGUGGCCCAAGGCCUGGGAUUGGUCCAGCGAUGAGGAGACUGUGCAGAUAGGGCACUGGGGCCGGGGCGACGCCCUCGCCUUCGUGCGCGCCUCUGGCCGCCAGCUGUGGCUCCUCUCGCAGGACCCUGCCAGGCUGGGGGAUUGCUUCUGCACGAGCUGCUGGGCGCGGAACGAGGAAGGGUCGGAUCGGUGCAAGGCUUGCAAGCGCUACGACAGCCUGUCCAAGGUUCGGUCGACAGAGCUGGAGUAA